AUGGGGUUUCUGGGAAAAGUUUCAAGUGCUUGGGAUUCAGUGCCUCAAGGUUUUCAUCCUAAGAAAUGUGGUAGAGUUGAUAGGACCACGGAUGUUGAUUGUAGGGGUUUGAAUGGAUUUGCUUCUUCUUCUUCAAGGCCAGGGCUUGGAAGGAAGAAUGGUGGUGUUGGAGGCAAGAAGGGUGUGGAUCCAGUUGAGGAGAUGGUUUCCUCAAUCAAGUUAUUGGCUGAAGGGUUUGUGCGAAUGGAGAAGAUGAAGAUGGAGAUGGUGAAGGAGAUUGAGAAGAUGAGAAUGGAGAUGGAGAUGAAGCAUAAUGAGAUGAUACUUGAGUCACAACAAAAGAUUGUGGACGCAUUUGCCAAGGCAUUGUUGGAAAAGAAGAAAAGGAAGAAGAAACCAUCUGUGCUGUCACCUAAUGUGAAUGGAAAUGGGGUUGAAGAAUGGCAAAGCGGUGAUAUGGUAAAGAAAAAAAAGGUAGAUAUAGUGUCACCUGAUGUUCAAAUGGUAUAGUUUACUUACAAAGUUACAUUUAUGUUAUCUUUUAAGUUUGGUUAAUUUCUUUUUUUUUGGAAACAGAGCAACUUAGGUUGAUGCUCUUUUUUGAUUCAAAAUUAAGGAGGAAUUUAAGGAAGGAGAUUCUCUCUCAUAA